CUGAUUGGCUGGCCAGACUGCCCACGUGCCGUUUUCGGAAUUCGUCGGAAACAAAGUUGCUAGCUAGCUAGCUAUUUUAGCAAUGAAAUGUAACGAAGCGUUGUAAAUAUGUUUAUGUAAUCAGUAAAGAGGACGCCUGAUGGCAAGAAUGUAGCUAGCUAUCUUACGAGUCUAGGUCAGAGGUAGAAUAAUUCACGUGCACGUUGCAGAACGCAUCUUGCAUGCAUUAAUUAGCGUCGUUAGCAGCAUCUAUCUCCAUACGCGGAUUGCAAGGUAGCUAGCUAGCUAAUCAGCGUCAAUCGAAAAACAAAAGAACGUUUGAAAUCCUCUCUGGUGAAGGAUCCAUUAGCUAGAUUGCUAUUCUUGCCGACAGCGAACGGUCAUGUAGGCCGGCUUGUUUGAUUUCACGAUGAUGCUUGUUAGCUCGAACACAUAUUUAACAUUCGACUGCAGCUACCGUAGUCAAUUGUUGUGAGCUCAUUUUGAUAGGAUAAUACUGUAGCAGCUAACUGAAUCGAAGAAUAUUACAAUGAGGAAUCAAAGAAGAUUUAUCAACCAUAACACAGACUCAGUGAAUGAAGAUCCCACGGGGCAGCAAACGCAUGGUAAUAGAGCACACUUACGGUUUUGUCUAGGACACAGCUUUGGUCAAAAUUUACUUUUCGUGGCAGGUUAGGAGAAUUAGGAAAAUAGUUAAGGUUACCUAACAUGCACAUUUGGACGUCAAUUGGACAAAAGCUGUAUCCCUUCUAGACAUGACCCUUGCUUACAUAGACCACACAUUUAUUCAAGAAUUUCCGGUUGGGGUUCGCAAAGGUGGUCCCUGUAGUGCCUGAUACCAGACCCAGUAUUGACACUGGGAUGUAAACCAAGACAUGUUUGGACAAUAUUUACUCAUAUAGAAACCCCAACCAAGACCAACUACCUAACAAAAUAAGGCGUCUUCUCGCCAAAUAGUCAACAUGCCCACCCAGCUCCCACAGUAGGCACUUUUGUGUUGAGUCUUUUUGCUUUGACAUUUUUCACUUGCAGAGACUGUUGUCCCGGAGACCCCAGAGCUCAAACGUCCCCCAGGGCCUGGAUCAGUGAGAGGCAUGGACAGUGUGGUACUAGACUCUGAUUCAGAUGAGGAGAUAUCAGGGUCCUCCAUGAUGUUGUCGGGGAAGUAAGUUAGUUGCUACCAAACUCAUCUAAAUAAUGUAGAUCAGACUACACCACUCUAGGUUUACACAGGGUCGAGAAAAGCACAUGUAUUAGCAUAUAUCAUCAAGAUUCUACUAAGUUUACCUGGCUCCAUCCUUCUUACCUGCACCAUGCCUUCAACACAAUGCAUGUACAAGUGAUUAGGGGGAUUUGUCACACCUGUGACAUACUAAUAGGCAGGUGGAUGUACUGGUGCCAUACACAUUGGUCACAUACAGUGAGUGCUUGACUUGUGCAGGAGCUCACUAGAGCUGAGUACCGGAUCCUCAAUUGUUCUACUGCUUGAGCUCCUGUUCCUCUUAUAGAAUAUUAGCUCAACAGUAUUGUGGAGCUCCUGCACCUAAAUAUAAACAGUACCGGCACCCAAAUUGAGGGACCUAUUUCAGUCCAAGUCAAGGACUGGACACAUACACACACUAAUCAAAAUCGUGAGGAAAUGUUUUUAAUGAUUCAAGACUCAUGUUUUCUUUGAUAAAGGAGUCUGGAAAAGGAACCAGUUAUGGGUGCUGUUAUCAUACUGUCAGAUGAGGAGGGAGAGGUGGAGAUGAAAACUACUCUACAGAGAAAUGGCGGCCAGCUCCCCAAAAACAUAUCGGGAAGUCAAGGUAAGGGUUCAUUCAUCUUAUCCCUGGCCUUAAUACUUGCUGUUGCACAAUUACAUUCACAGUGGUGCAAACAAUACUAUUGAAUGGAAUGGAAUCUGCUGUUUCAUGUUCUGUAGCCUGCUCUGUGACAUGGAGGUCAAUGAGUUAGUGAAACGUUAGCCCAUUCAUAGAUGCUAACAACCUUUAGUGCCUAUUGACGAUAGUAUUGCUUAUUCUAAACAUUAACACGCAUCGCUUGCGGUACAGUUUUGGAAACAUAAGGUUAAAUUACUACACACCUUUUUAUAGGGUUAGGGUUCACACACAGCCAUAUUUCCAUGUUACAGCGCUUGUUUACGGAAAACAGAAGGAAGACAGUGGACUACCUGUGUUAAUUAGCUAUCUCUGAACACCUGUGUGUGUAACGGAAGAAGGACGCCAGAAACGUGUUUAACUGUGUUAAAACUGGUUAAAACAGUGUACAGUAAGUGUAUAUUUUACAUUUGUGAAAUUACAUUACUUUGAUGUGCUAUGAAAGUAGAGGGCUUUAUGUUUCUAGAACCGUAUCAAUGAGAAUCGAUUCACUUUUUAUAUGGCUUUUUUGGUUGCCAGAGCCAGUUUACCUCUGAAUAUAACAUAUAAGGUCCAUGGAUGUUAAAGGAGUAGGCUUUAACAGUACAUUCUUGGGUUAGUGAAACAUGAACAUGAAAAGUACAUUUAACUGAGAAGUGCAGGACAUACCUUGAAUUAAUCUCUGGGGCUUCUAUUCCCAGCACCACAAACUAGAUGCAGUGUGGUGUUGUUCGUGCUGUGUUAAUAUGCCCCCUUAAUGUCCUGGUUUAGACCCAGACCGUAAGAGGAGACUAGAGGUGUGUGACAGCUCCCAGCAGAGUGGGACAUCCAACUCCAGCAAGAAACCAGCCCUCGAGGAGGAUUCAGUGGUGAGUCCACCUGUCUGCACUCCUAUCCAGCCUCCCUGACACCCCAAACCAGGGUGUGGGGGGGGUGCAUAUUCAGUUUACACCUGACAUGUGAGUCAUCUGUGUUGAGCUAGAGAUUUACUAAAGCAAUUAAGCUAAAGUGCCACGCUCAAGGGUACAAGAGCUGCAUGCCCCACCUGAGAUUUCGACCUCCAGGUUACCAGUUUAUUACCCUGGCCAAGAUGAUGUACUGCCACCCUGCUUGUUCAUGUAUUAUUUGUCAUCUCCAGUACAGAGGGGGUAGGCUUGCGUGGGGAUGAGCUCACACUCUAAUUGGUCUGUCUGCCUUGGGACUUCAUGCGCCAAUGUGUUUCUGUUCCGCCAGACAGAUGAUUCUGAGGAUGAGGGUCCAGAGCCCAGCUGGAAGAGCCAGGAGGACAUGGUGAGGAAACUGCAGACUAAGUUUCCCCGUCUGGUCAAGGAGGUGAGGCUUCCAUUGGCUGUAGAAUUCCACUCUGCCAACAACAGGCCCUGUGUUCUGUCACUGCAGUUCCACAACACAUUCAUCAGUGCCUUAAAUGUUGGCAAAUGUGAACUAAUAUUGUUUGAAAUGAGUGGGAGUUGCAUAUUAACGUUUCAUAUGAAUAAUUUAUUUUGACAAAAAGGUGUUUUGUUGUUUACGACUAUCUGUUUGUCUUAUCCUGCAUACACAUAGGAGCUUAGAGAAGUGCUUCUCGAGCAUGAUUGGCACUUUGAGGACACCCUAGAAGCACUGCGCAUGUUUUCCGAGGAGGGUGAGAGUUUUGUGUUUCAUGGUGUGUGUCUCUCUGUCUGCAUGUGUUUCUAUGUGUGCCUGUUCUUGAGUGAAUCCGUUUAUACAAAACCAAAACAUUAUUUUAGGUAGCUAGUUAAGUCCCUGGCUGUCUUGCAGCCAUAUAGUUUCCUUUGUUUCCUACGUUGUUUUAAGGCAAUGUACACUACCAGUCAAAAGUUUGGACACACCUACUCAUUCAAGGGUUCUUCUUUAUUUUUACUAUUUUUUACAUUGUAGAAUAAUAGUGAAGACAUCAAAACUAUGAAAUAACACAUGGAAUCAUGUAGUAACCAAAAAAGUGUUAAACAAAUGAAAAUAUAUUUUAUAGUUGAGAUUCUUCAAUUAGCCACCCUUUGCCUUGAUGACAGCUUUGCACACUUUUGGCAUUCUCUCAACCAGCUUCAUGAGGUAGUCACCUGGAAUGCAUUUCAAUUAACAGGUGACCCUUCUUAAAAGUUAAUUUGUGGAAUUUCUUUCCUUAUUAAUGCGUUUGAGCCAAUCAGUUGUGUUGUGACAAGGUAGGGGUGGUAUACAGAAUAUAGCCCUAUUUGGUAAAAGACCAAGUCCAUAUUAUGGCAAGAACAGCUCAAAUAAGCAAAGAGAAACGAUAGUCCAUCAUUACUUUAAGACAUGAAGGUCAGUCAAUACGGAACAUUUCAAGAAAUGUGAACGUUUCUUCAAGUGCAGUCACAGAAACCAUCAAGUGCUAUGAUGAAACUGGCUCUCAUGAGGACCGCCACAGGAAUGGAAGACCCAGAGUUACCUCUGCUGCAGAUGAUACGUUCAAUAGAGUUACCAGCCUCAGAAAUUGCAGCCCAAAUAAAUGCUUCACAGAGUUCAAGUAACACACAUCUCAACAUCAACUGUUCAGAGGGCACUGUGUGAAUCAGGCCUUCAUGGUCGAAUUGCUGCAAAGAAACCACUACUAAAGGACACCAAUAAAAAGAAAAGACCUGCUUGGGCCAAGAAACACGAGCAAUGGACAUUAGACCGGUGGAAAUGUGUCCUUUGGUCUGGAGUCUAAAUUGGAGAUUUUUGGUUACAACCGCCGUGUCUUUGUGAGACGCGGUGUGGGUGAACGGAUGAUCUCUGCAUGUGUAGUUCCCACCAUGAAGCAUGGAGGAGGUGGUGUUAUGGUGGGGGGGGGGUCCUUUGCUGGUGACACUGUCUGUGAUUUAUUUAGAAUUCAAGGCACACUUAACCAGCAUGGCUACCACAGCAUUCUGCAGCGAUAUGCCAUCCCAUCUGGUUUGGGCUUAGUGGGACUAUCAUUUGUUUUUCAACAGGACAAUGACCCAACACACCUCCAGGCUGUGUAAGGGCUAUUUUACCAAGAAGGAGAGUGAUGGAGUGCUGCAUCAGAUGACCUGGCUUCCACAAUCCCCCGACCUCAGCCCAAUUGAGAUGGUUUUGGAUGAGUUGGACCGCAGAGAGAAGGAAAAGCAGCCAACAAGUGCUCAGCAUAUGUGGGAACUCCUUCAAGACUGUUGGAAAAGGAUUCCAGAUGAAGCUGGUUGAGAGAAUGCCAAGAGUGUGCAAAGCUGUCAUCAAGGCAAAGGGUGGCUAUUUGAAGAAUCUUAAAUAUAAAAUAUAUUAUGAUUUGUUUAACACUUUUUUGGUUACUACAUGAUUCCAUAUGUGUUAUUUAAUAGUUUUGAUGUCUUCACUAUUAUUCUACAAUGUAGAAAAUAGUAAAAAUAAAGAAAAACCCUUGAAGAAGUAGGUGUGUCCAAAAUGUUGACUGGUACUGUAUAUACUGUAGGUAGCCCAACAUCCCUCCCAGGACCUGCAGGCUGAUUCUGUUUCCUUCAUCAGGGGAGAGGUCCAGUCAAGGGGACACUCAGGCAUCAUCAUCAGCUAGUUCAGCUCCCCAAACCUCAGCACGUCAGGCAGCCCCAGCAGCCAAACCCCCUGGUCGUCCCACAUCACUACCUCACAAGCCUACCAUUGGGACCGUAGAUAAGACCAUCAAUAGGCCGACUAAAGGAGCAGACAGAAGGAGGAGGGUGAUUCCAGAGCCAGGCACCAGCUCUGAGGACGAGGCCAGUGAUGACUUUGAUGAGUCUGCUGAGGGCAUGAAGCUGAACUCUGAUGACUCGGGCUCAGAUCAGGAGGUUGGAACAGGGUCUAUUGUGAAGGGCCAGAUCCUCAGGUUCUUCCAGGAGGCAUCGCUGGACGAGCUGUCUCUCAUCUCUGGCUGCUCUGUGAAGAAGGCUCAGAGGAUUGUCGAGCUGCGCCCAUUUAACGAGUGGGAGGAUCUGGUGAGUGGCAUAACGAACUUGUGUGCAUGGGUAUGUGCACACACACACACACACACACACACACACUUGUGAGUGUAUAAGAUGUUUUCUUUUCAGCAUGAUUCAUUACUGAAUGCACAGUGUUACUAUGACCUCUCCAGGUUCCAAUUGAAGCCUUACCAGCUAGCUAAUUGGUCUAAGUUGGCUGACUCGGCUACAUCAGAACAACCUGAGCGUAACCUUGUGUGGAUAAAAGAUUGUGUGUGUGUGACCCCAGGUGGAUGCUCUCGACAGAGGGAACGGCCUGUCCACUGAUCUGGUGCAGGGCUGCCGUGUGGUCCUGAGAGAACGGGACGUCGUGCGCAGCCUCAUGACCAAGUGUGAGAAAAUCACCAACAAGAUGAUGCAGGACGUGACCCAAGUAGUGGAGCGGGACAAGGGUUCCCAGAAACAGCCCGAGAUCCUCAACAGCAAGUGGGUUUAGCUGCUGUUUUUAUACUAAUCUGACACACACGUUCAGAUAGUUAUGUAGUAUGAUUUUCGUCGAAAACACAAUCUCAUACAUGUACAUAGGCAGUCUUGAACACUAUUUUCAUCAUUACUGAGUUCCCUGUGUUAAUAUGACCUCUCCAGAUACCAGUUGAAGCCUUAUCAGCUCAUUGGUCAAAAUUGGCUGACCCUGCUACAUCAGAACAACCUGAGUGGAAUCCUUGCUGAUGAGAUGGUGAGUUGUUAUUCCUGACCAGUCUCCAACAGCUUAUUUCAGAUCCUCUUAAUCCUGUGGUAAUGUGAUUGGGAAGCAGGCAUCUCUUUUUGUUGUACCAAGUCGGUCUCUGAAAAGUAGAGUGUUUGUAAUGCACCACCUCCUGUCUUUUGUUGGCAGGGUUUGGGGAAGACCAUCCAGGCCAUCUCAUUCCUGGCCAGCCUGUACCAGGAGGGCAAUAAGGGCCCACAUCUCCUCACUGUACCUGCCUCCACACUGGGUGAGCUUUGGGAGUCGUGCUGCACACAGAGAUUUUAUGGUGCCUUGAGAUCUGCAUAGAUAAAAUAUUAAAGUGUGACUUUACUAUCUUUUUAAGAUGUCUUUUUACAAUCUGUGAAGGUUUUUUAACAGAUUUUGCUUCUCUGUUGCAGAUAAUUGGGUACGGGAGCUGAAUCUGUGGUGUCCCAGGCUCAAAGUCCUGGUGUACUAUGGUGAGUGAAUCUUCUAUUCAUUCUGAAUGGCGUGACUCAUCAUACUGUAGUUGUCAUGGGUCAGGCUUUAUGUUUAUUUGAUUAUACAGACUUCAACCCGUUGGUUUUAGUCACCAUAAGUGACAGAAUUACUAAAUAUAGAUACAGUCUAGAUGGUCCUAUUUAUAUUGUGUGUGUGUUUAGGGUCUGUGGAGGAUCGCAAGUACCUUCGAUAUGAUAUUCUCAACAAACAGGUCGACUACAACAUCAUCAUUUCCACGUAAGUCUAAAAUCUGAGAAUGACUGUUAUGCAAGAAUGAGGAAAAAAAUAUGUUGAUGUGCCCUUGAGCAAGGCACUUAACUCUAAUUGCUCUGGAUAAGAGUGUCUGCUAAGUGUUUAAAAAUAAUAAUAAUAAUAUGCACGGAACUGCACUUGAGUCUAGUAUUCUACAGGUUCACAUCCUACUGUCUUAGCUACUGUGUGUCUUCUGAGCAAGACACUUAGCCCUAAGUGCCUCAGGUAAUAUCUAGCAGAAUUAGUGGCGAUCUUAUAAAACCGUCAGCCAUGUAAGUCACCUUGGCUGGGCUUCUGCUAACACGAUAAUAUAUUCAGGGUUUGACUAAACCUGAAAAGUUCCUCGUAAACUGGACCUGUGACUCAUUCAUACUUCAUGGUAAUCAAGCGAUUGCCAUGCCUCACAGACUACUUGUGAGGAUCUUGUGUGUUUGGUAUGGCUCCUUGAGCUGCUCUGUUUCUGCUGCUAGGUACGCUCUCACCACCAGCAAUGACAACGACCGCAGCCUGUUCCGAAAGCUCAAACUGGAGUAUGCUGUGUUCGAUGAGGGCCACAUGCUGAAGAACAUGAGCUCGCUGCGCUACCGCCACCUCAUGGCCAUCAACGUAAGUACAUUGCGGGGGUUGGGGGGGGCUGGGUCACCUUGGUUGAUGCGAUAAUGAUUUUAAGAUAAGUCUUAACUUUAGCCGGUAAACUGUUCCUCUACCUGCCUGAACAAUGUCUUGUUUAUCUCCUGUGAGUCACCCCACUUUCUUCCUUUUCACUGCAGUGCAUUCUGAUACCUUUUGUAAAAUGGUGCUAUACAAUGCACUAUAUUAAUCGAAUCAGAUUUGAUUUUGAUGUGAUCUCAGGCCAAGUACCGUCUGCUGCUGACUGGGACCCCAGUGCAGAAUAACCUCCUGGAGCUCAUGUCCCUGCUCAACUUCAUCAUGCCCAAUAUGUUCUCCAGCAGCACUGCACAGCUCGCCAAUAUGUUUGCCAUGGUGAGGCUAGAACACGUGCUCUAUGGGAUCACUCCAAAAUAUUCAUCUUAGUAUGCAGCAAGUUUGACUCAUCCAGUCAAAAAGUCUAGCUAAAUAAGCCCACUGACUAUGCUAAGAUUUCCUUUGAAUAGAUUGAAUCUUUUAUUUCCUAUUAGAAAUCAUCAGAGGAGCAGAGCAGCUUUGAGAUGGAGAGGAUUGCUCAUGCCAAACUCAUCAUGAAACCCUUCAUCCUCAGACGUGUCAAGAGUGAGGUAAGGAACCGCUCAGUCUAAACUCAUUACCAGAUAGGGUUAUGGCAUGACUUGGGACAGUGAUACUCUACCACAGUGAUAUAUACUCAUGGUUCAUUUUGAGUUCUACUGUGCUAUAUUCCCUUAGUCUCCCAUUGACGUCAAUGCAUGACUAAGUGAAAAAUCGAUUUAAGUGGAAGUUAGGAUUCGCCCCAAAGGGACUUUCCGAUGACAUAUGACUGGAUCGACUUGUGUCUCUGCCUCAGGUGCUGAAGCAGCUCCCAGCCAAAGAGGAGAAGGUGGAAUUCUGUGCCAUGAGUGACCAGCAGCAGCAGCUCUACAACACCUUAAUGCAGAAGCUCAAGGGAUCCAUCAAUGGAGAGAGUAUGUUAGGGAGAGGAGGAAUGAGAGAAAGGCAUCUGGUUCAUUUGAAAAGUGAUGGAAGGCCUAAGAGAAUAUUAAAAAGCAACACAAGUAGAAUUUUAAGAUGCACAGAUUAUCUGAUUUUAAAACCAUAUGUUGCAAAUGUGUCCUCCACAGAGAGAGAACUGACCAAUGUGAUGAUGCAGUUGAGGAAGAUGGCAAAUCAUCCACUGCUGCACCGGGAGCAUUAUACCACUACCAAACUAGCUGCUAUGAGUCAACUCAUGCUCAAGGUCAGACCUGAAAACGUAUUGGUGUUUUAAGAGAAUGUUUUGAAUGGGUUUGUAACUGCUAUUGAAGGGGCUGUCGGAAGCUAAGGGCAUUACAGUGUGUAUUUUGGUCAGUCUGUGAUUGCUUUGACUCAAUUUGACCCUUAACCCCAUCAGGAGCCGACCCACCGUGAAGCAGACCCAGCACUGAUCAAGGAGGACAUGGAGGUCAUGACAGACUUUGAGCUGCACCGACUUUGUCUGCAGUACCCGUCCGUACAAGACUAUCAGCUGAACACAGACAUGCUCCUGGACUCAGGAAAACUCAGCCUGCUCACACAGCUUCUGGCCUCUCUCAAAAACAAGGUAUGAAAGCUACAGUGGAAGUGGAUCAAAUGGAGACAGCAUCUUUAUUAUGCACUAUUAAGCCUUGCCCGUUGUGAUCCAGCUAUAGCCUUCUCCAUCUCCCUCCCUGGCAGUUUCUUCGCCCCCCAUAAAACCAGUCACCCUUUUAUUCCCCGUCCCUCUACCUGUCAGACACUUCAUCUCUUCACUGCUCUCAAUUACAAUCACUCUUUUCUUGGCUUUCCCCCUUCCAACAUGCAGUCAACCACCUCUAUAUUUCUCUUUCUCACUCUUUCUUUCUCUCUGAUCCCUCCGGUCCUGUAGUUAUUAAUCACAGUGACUGUGUUUCUCUGUCAGGGGGAUAGAGUGGUGCUCUUCAGCCAGUUCACCAUGAUGCUGGACAUUCUAGAGGUGUUCCUGAAGCACUUGAAGCAUCGCUACAUUCGAUUGGAUGGAUCAACGCCCAUGUCUGACAGGUAGGACUUGUCUGAUGAAUCAGGACUUUGAACUCUGUCCCUACAUCCGCAAGGCACAUUGUUUUUUUCCUGUACUUACCAUUCUGUUCAAUGAGUGCCUAUAGCACAGGCUGUACUUGUUUAGAAAUGUAUCAAAUUAUGUAUGUUUCAAUUAGCUGUUAAUUUAUCUCCUAAUAGGAUAUGACAGGCCUUUGUCAUUUAGGAAUGGAUUGAUACAUAGUAGGGACUGAAAAUGGUCACAGCUAGGGUUUUCUCCAAGGACAUUAUGCAAAUUAAACUGUUAAUCACAAUUUUAAAAAAUUCUUGAUAAUUAUGCUUAUUAAUAGAAAUAUCUUAAUGUCCAUGAAUGCCUUUAUGGACAUUAAUAGAUAUGUUAAUUCUCCCAUCCUCUUGUAGAAUCGUACUGAUUGACCAAUACAACACAGAGUUGGACAUCUUUGUGUUCUUGAUGUCUACUAAGGCUGGAGGCCUGGGCAUCAACCUGGCCUCAGCCAAUGUGGUCAUCUUGCACGACAUUGACUGCAACCCCUACAAUGAUAAGCAGGCCGAGGAUCGCUGUCACCGUGUCGGACAGACAAGGUCAGUGAGGAAGGGGAAACUAUGUUUACAAGCAAGCAAUUUGCUAACGUUACCCGCCAUACCCAGGCUAUGUGCUACCUUUGAGUUUGUGUUGCUCAUACAGUAGAUGUGAGUGUAUAUGCCCUGUAGUAAAAUUCUGGCAUCUUUAUGUUGCAGGACUGUGAAGGUGAUCAAGCUGAUCAGUAAGGACUCCAUAGAGGACGGCAUGCUCCGCAUCGGUCAGAAGAAACUCAAACUGGAGCAGGAUAUGACUGCCUCUGAGUCCCAGGACGGUGAGCUCAUUAUCCCCUCCUACCUCUCACAUUAACCACAAUAUACUGUACCGCGCAUGCUCAUACCAACACAUACCAGCAUUCAUUUUCAUAUAGCCUGCCAAUGAACAUAUUCACUGACAGUCGAUUAUAGAUUUUACCGUCUAAAACUAGAUGCAUUUCCUUUGUCAGGCGAUGAGGACUCGAUACCAGAGGACAUGGCCUCCCUUCUGAAGGCAUCACUGGGGCUGUGA